GACUGAGUUGUUUCCAAGCUGAGCGCGCGCCGGCGCGUAAACACUACUUUACAGUUUUAUAUCUCCGUAUCCGGAGUUAUUUUAUUCAUUAGAUGAUUUAUGAACCAAUAUGAUGAUAUAACGGCGGUAACGGAGAUGACAAACGCAGCGCGUGAACCUCGGGUGUGUGUGAUUUAGGCUUUGGGUUUCCCGGUGGAGCGGCGUGGUGUGCGCGCGGUGCAUCACGGGAUUUGUAGUCCUGGAGCAGAGGGAGUGUUGCUGGACGUCUGCGCGCCGCUGCUGCGGGUCUGUGCGGUGUUCCGGCUUCACCACCACGCAGGCGGCAGCAGCGCGGAUACACACACACACACACACACACGCAGGCUGUGUGAGGCGGAUCGGGUGGAGAGGAGGAUCAGGGUCUGGUGUUGCACUGCGGGGUUUAUUCACCGUGCAGCAGGACAGCAGCCCAGUUAAUGGAGGACGAACGACAGAACUCUGUCCAUCCAGCAGCGGAGAGAGGGACAGAGACCGGUGUGCUGUGGUGAAAUCUUGAAACAUCUGAACGCUGACACACACACACACACAACCACACACACACACACACAAACACCUUCCGCUCAAGCAUGGACACACAGCUCAAAACAUCAGAGAGAGGACUGGACGCUCUGCCUGGAGUGUGUGACUGACAGAUCUCUCACUGAGAGGAUCAGAGGGCGAGUGUGUGUGUGUGUGAGAGAGAAAGAGUGUGUGUGUGUGUGUGAGAUGGAUUGGGUGCGGGACUGGUUGCAGUCGGUGCGUGAGUGUGAGGGCGGGGCUUUGGGCACGGUGCUGUGUCUGGCAUUGUUGUUCGUAUGGUACUGUUACCGCGUGGGCUGUGAACACGCCUCCUACACGCCCGAGUCUCGCUCCAGCCCGCCAGAACUCUCCUCAGCCAAGCUCCGCCCUGUGCUGGGAGGAGUCAGGACAGGGGGCGGGGCUAGUGAGGAGGAGCUGAACGGCUUUGCGUACUGCCAGUCCCCCGAGUGUUUCCGGUGCUCGCGGCCCGGAGAUGGGUUUAACCAACGCCUUUACCACAACCUGCAGGACUACGCUAAACGCUACACCUGGGCGGGUAUGGGGCGUGUCCAUAAAGGUGUGCGUGAGCAGGACCGCUACCGCCUGUGUAAUCGACCCUCCAUCCAGAAGGCCGAGGUGUUCUUCCUGCCCGAUCUUCCCUCUGCUCCGUUCUUCUCCCGGGACGCACAGAAGCAUGACGUCGAACUGUUGGAGAGAAGUUUCCCGGCGCUGCUGGCCGAGUUUGAGAGCGUGUACCGCACGCCCCCGCCCCUGGCGCCUGGCUGGAAGGCGAACAGCACGCCGCGGGGGCACUGGUGGACCUUCUACCUGGUGAACCAGGGCACAACGCUGGCGCUGAACGCCCGGCGCUGCCCACGCACCUGGAGGAUCCUGGGCCAACUGCGCACCUUCAUCGCCAACAACGUGUUCGGGAACGCCUGCUUCUCCGUCAUCAGCCCCGGCGCCACCAUCACCGAGCACUACGGCCCUACCAACGUCCGUCUGCGCUGCCACCUGGGUCUGAAGGUGCCCCCCCACUGUGAGUUGGUGGUAGGGGGCGAGCCGCAGUGUUGGUCUGAGGGAAACUGCCUACUGUUUGAUGACUCGUUCCUUCACACAGCCUUCCAUGAGGGCACUCCAGAAGACGGACCUCGUGUGGUGUUCAUGGUGGAUUUAUGGCAUCCGAACGUGGCGGCGGCCGAGAGACAGGCACUCGACUACAUCUUCACUCCGGGACGCUGAGACGGAGAGAGAGAGACAGACAGAGAGACGAGGAUGAGUGUAUGAAGAGACAGAUGGAUGGAACAAGAGAAAUAAUAAGUAAAGACAGUGAAGUGACGCUGAUUUCCUGCACAUUUUACUGUACAUAAGUGUUUCCUUAUGAAGCAUCGGAGUUCAGUCUCUCCUGAUGCGUGAGGGAUGUGAUGAUGGAGGGAGAUAGUGAACAGUGAUGGGGAGAGAUGGAGAGAGUGACAGAAAGCGGGAGGAAUAAAAGAGCGGGAAGCGGAAAUAAAGUAAGAAAAAAACAAUUACAGCUUUUUGUGUACAUAGAUUCUCACAGUGGAGUAGUACUGAAACAAACAGAAGAAGAAUCAGAGAUGGUAGAUGGAUGCAAAUAUGGACAGACAGCGAAAAAAUAGAGAUAGUAGAGAAGGAACGAGUAGCAGAGGAGCAAGCGGACAAACCAAAUGACAUGUUUUUCUGUACAGAUUUCACUCUUUCAUCAGAAAACAAAGAUAGAGAGAGACAAAGGGAGAAAAACAAACUAAAAGACGAGUAAGAGCCAUGAGGGAAGAUCAUUCUACCAUUUUCUGUACAUUUGCGUUUUCUAGUGCUUUAGUGUUUCCUCAGAGUAUUCACACGGAAAGGAAGAGAGAAAAGAAAAAGACAAAGGAAGGAUGUUGCAGUGUAAAUGUAAGCACAGAUGUUGUACAGAGGUGCUGAGAGAGGAGGAGGAUGAGGAGCAGGAUUGAGACGAUGGCUGAAGGUAGAGGACAUGAUCGUAUGAAGAUAAGGCACCUCGCUUGUACCCUGUCACUGUGCGUUUUAUCUUCUCUAAGUCUCUCUGUUGGUUUAGGAUUAACACCAGAAGCUGUGCCACGUGUGUAAAGACGUUUCCCAGCCAGCAAAGAGUGCUUUCACAAAUUCAUACGAAUCUGACUGAACCAUUAAAUUAGGCGGGAUAUAAACAUCUCACGAUAAUAAUACUAUUUACCACGGAAGAUACAGUACAGUAUGAGGGGUGUUCGAGUCAAAGCAGGACUUUUCAUUGUAAAGAAUAACAGAACACAGUUCUCUAUAUAAUCCCCUGCUAGGGUUAGGGGUUUGAGUGUGUGUAUAGUUCACACAGACAGAAGCGUGUCUUUUGCAAGUUGGAGACAUCGAUUUUUAAGGAUUAGGCGUUCCACUUGCUGAAUCACCUUGUACACCUCAUCGUUCACAGAUGUACGGCCUUCUUUAAAGCGUUUGCACCAUUCAAAUGUUUUACUGCGCAUGACUGUACUGUGCUUGAAGUCUUCUGUAAAUGUCAAUCACUUUGAUGACUUCCUUCACCAGAAGUUCUUUUACAAGUCCCGGUUUGACUUAAACGUCCCUCAUAUGAAUAUAAAUAUUAUAAAUAAAAUGGUAGUGUAUCAAGUGUAAGAAUUAAGGAACCUCCUGAGCAUCCGCAGCAUCACAAACCAGAUCCGCGUUUAUAACACGUGCAGUCAACAGCUUUGUUGAAAAUCCUGCUUUUGUGUGAACGCAACGUGAAAAUACUAAGGAAAAGCGAUGUUUUCUAAAACGUCUGUGCACACGUGAGCAGAGCGUAAAUACUGUAUUAUAGAGAACAUGAGGAAAAGCACAUCUUCCCUCACACAGGUUUAACUUAACAUCUGUAGCACAGUUUUAUACACACGCAUGCUGAUGAAGCCUCGUGGUUUAGUGUCCCAGGAAGGAAGGAAGGAAGGAAGGUGUAAAAGAGGGAGAGAAACAGAGAGAUAAACCAUACGACGAGAAACAGUACAGAGGUGAAGGAGCGGCCUGUACAGCAGAGGUUCCUGGUGGAUCCACAUUAGCUAAAGAUAGAAUGAAGUAGAAGGGAUGUAAGAGAAAAGAAGGUAGAAAGAGAGAUGGAUAGAUAGAGGGGAAGCGAGAGGUGUGGAGCUAAUGAUCAGGAUGAGAGAUUUUUGGACAUCUGUAUAUGAGCACUCGAUUGCAUCAUUGCUGCUGAGCGACAAAGUAAGAGAGCAAGACAGAGAGGAGGAGAGAGAGAGAGAGAGAGGGAAAAGAUAUAAAAGGAGAAAAACACAAAGACAAAAGAAGUGAAGGAAGAGAAAAAAGCAAGACUGAAAGAACAGAGAGGUCUGAAGAAUAUUUCUUGCACAUUUUCUGUAUAUUAAUGUUUACAGAUCAGAUCCAGUCUAAGUGUUUAUUAAAGGUACAGACCAGGGUGUACAAACUUAUGAAACGAUGAAUGUAUAGCACCUUUUGGGUCAGAAGCGUUCCCGUCUAAAGAGUUCACGCUGCACUUUUUUCUCACUCCUGCGUGCGACUGGAUGUAAAGUGUACAUAAAUAUAAUAGGUAGAAAAGUGACACGGACGCUAACGAGCUGUUUAUUCAGUGUUUACACACAGCAGGGGCUAACUCUCUCUCACACACACACACACACACACACAGGCUGUGGUAUAAUACUGUGUUUAACACACUCCUCGUCAAUUUACUCUCGGUUCCGUCCCAAAUCAUACACUACUCUCUAUAAUUAGCACACAAGCUAGUUAGUAUGCUAGUUGGUUAGCUGGCUAGUCAUUAGCCUGGUGUAACUACGUAUGUACCAAUGUCUUAGUUUUCUUUAAAACAUUUCUAAAUUAUAUUGUACGAGUUAGCAUAUUAGUCAGUUGGAGGAAACCGCGUCAGCUACAUUGAAAAGGAAAUGGACAAACAGUGUUGAUAUCUGAGGACGGAUUUUGUGGAAGUAAAUAGUUAAAUUAAGGUAAAGGUCUAGCGGCUUGUCGUUUCUCAGCACCAGAGUCUGUGUUACAGCUUUCUGAUCAGUUUUAGCAUCAGUCUGGAGCGCAUUGUAUUCGUAGCUGUGAUAAGUUUGCCAUGCUAGUACCGAUGCGCCAGCCUCGCUGGGUGUAAGUGAGUUCAAAAGAACUUGUUGAACUUGAUGUUAUGUGGCACAGUGUACUAUAAGUAAGCUAACAGCUAAAGCUAGUGAUUUAGCUAGCUAAAAAGUUAACAGUGACGGUUAGAACAUCAACAUUUACCUCAGACGUGUAGGUGAACUGUUGGGGGGAAAAAGACUCCUGGUGGGUAAAAUUACACUGUAAUUACACUUAGCAUCGACCGCUAACUAGACUAACGGGAUCCGCCAUAUGUUUUUAAAAACAAUACUCAGCGGCUCUUCUGCUGUAAAUAUACACACCGUGUGAAUGUUCACGUGAUCGCUCUGAAACAUGACUGUUUGUGAGCAGCAGCGUCUUGUACAGAAGCACACUUCAAAGUUUACACUGUAGUUUAAACAAACAGACAACCAGAUGCAGAUCUUUCAGCUCGUUCAGGCGCUUCAGUGGUUGACCGCUUCAUUCGUUCUGUGCUACUCGUACAUUCCGUUUGUAAGGACCCGAGCCAAUCGGGACGCGCCGUAUCGUCAUCGGUAGCUUUUUUCUAGCGUCGUGUGACUUUUGCAGCCAAGCGUGUGACAGGUUUUAUGCUGACGUUCUGAUUCUGUGUUUCCUAAAUGUGAUUUUUGCUACAGCUGAGCGAUGAUUGUGUGUUUAAUAAAGAGUUGGUUGUACAACCUUG